AUGGGCGGAGGUAACGCGCAGAAAUCGGCCACCAAGCGGGCGCGCAACGCCGAGAAGGCGGCCAAGGCGAACAAGGGCUCGCAGCUCAAGGUGAACGCGUCGGCGAUGACGAACAAGUGCAGCGUGUGCAUGACGCAGUUCAUGUGCACCGCUGCCAAGCGCAUGCUCCAGGAGCACGUCGACGGCAAGCACCCAAAGAAGACCUUCGAGGAGUGCUUCCCGGACUUCACCGAGGCGUAG